AUGAUGCUCUUGUUUCAUGUCCUCUGGCUUCAAGUAGAAGGUGCCAAGUCUCCACUCUCCUUGGGACAGCAAUUCAUCCUGGUUCCUGUCUUUCUGCAGAGGCUCACCCAUGCUGUCUUGGUUGUGUUCCUGCUAAUUCCUGGGGAGGUCCUCAGCGUGGCUUCACAGAGAGGUGGCGUUGGCAACAAGAGGGAUGAUGCCGUCGUGGGUCUUCUGGUCUUCACGCUCUUGCUCCUUCUCAUCCUGCUGUUUCUAGCAUGGCGGCACCUGAGCCUCAAGUCUGAGGGAAGGUAUCACCCCCAGCACCUGAUGAGGAGGCUAGUCCUCCGCUGGCAGAACUUUUGGGGGCAGAUACACAGUGAAGAGCUGUCUCACGGCUACCAGGAUGAGGAGCAGAGUGAUGAGGAACUUGGGGAGUGCCAGAGUGAUGAUGCGGAGGAGGAGCAGCAGACAGAGCUGCUCUUCCAGCAGGCAGAAAAUGAAGGCGAGGAAGAAAGGCAGGAGAUGUUUAACAAGAGUACCACACCUGAGCCACUUGAAAAGAGAGUAGAGCUGGAGCCCUCAGAGGAGGAGGAAGAAGACAUGGCCUCCAAGGCCGCAGAGGGUAGAGCAGAAACCCUGCUUAGCGAUCUGCAUUCCUUCUCAGGAACAGCAACUUGGGAGGACAGUGGCAAGCAGGCACAUGUCACAGCUCUCUAG